GUGUACAGAUAGAACUCAUUCCUGUCGCACUUAGUACAACUUCCAUAGUGGAUGUCUAUAGCUGCCAAUUUCCUACUGUAGAAGCAGUUGGCAGCUGAUAGUGACAGUUGACAAUGACAUGUUGAUUUGACAAAACCAGCUGAAAAUUUACAGUGUUUAUAUUAUUUUCUACAAAGUAUUCCGUAUUUAUGUAGUUUUAUAUUCAUGUAAUUUGUUUUGGACAAUUCCUAAAAAUCUCUGGACAAACCAAAAUGGCUUCGCGGUUCAGUGGUGCGUUACAAUUAACAGACCUUGACGAUUUCAUUACUCCGUCACAGGAAUGUAUUAAACCAGUGAAAAUAGAAAAGACGAAAAGUAAAACUGGCGCGAAAAUCAAAAUCGGCGAAGAUGGAUAUUUCGAUAUAUCAAACGGCCAAGAACAGAAAUUACAAAAGGUUGAGAUCACAUUGGCCGACUGCCUCGCAUGCAGUGGCUGUAUCACUUCCGCAGAGAGUGUGCUUGUCACUCGGCAGAGUCAGGAGGAGUUAUUGAGAGUGCUAACAGAGCGUAAGUACACAGACACAAGAGGGAAUACCAAUGAGGUGAGCCUGGUGGUAGUGUCCCUGUCCCCACAACCAGUUCUGUCGCUUGCUGCACGAUACAAGCUCAGCGCUGAGAAUGCUGUUAAGAAACUUGCAGGUUACUUCAAGAGUAUCGGUGUAGACAUAGUUCUAGAUAUGACUGUAGCAGAUGACCUUUGUCUUCUGGAGGCCCAGCAGGAGUUCCUCCAACGCUACCAUGAGCACCAAAACGAUCCAAGCUCCAAACAGCUGCCUAUGCUCUCCAGUUCUUGUCCAGGCUGGGUGUGCUACGCGGAGAAGACGCACGGCAACUUCAUCCUGCCGUACAUCUCGAGCACGAAGUCUGCGCAGCAGAUGAUGGGUGCGCUGGUGAAGGGCGAGGUGUCGCGGCUGCGCGGGGUGCCGCCCGCCGCGCUCUACCACGUCACGCUGAUGCCCUGCUACGAUAAGAAGCUGGAGGCCUCCCGCGAGGACUUCUAUAGCGAACUGCUCGCCUGUCACGACGUCGACUGUGUUGUUACUGCCAUUGAAUUAGAACAAAUGCUGAGCAACAGCGGCAAGUCUUUGUGCGACGUGUCGGAGGCGGAGCUGGAAGCGGUGUGGGGCGGCGAGGCGGAGGCGCCGGCGCUGCGCGGACACGCCGGCUCGGGCUCCGGGGGCUUCGCGCACCACGUGUUCCUGCACGCCGCUGAACAAUUGUUCGGGAUCACAGACCCGCCCAUGGUGUACAAGGAAUUGAGGAACCCUGACUUCAAGGAGCUGACGCUGGAGCGCGAAGGUGAGGUGGUGCUGAGGUUCGCGGUGGCCAACGGCUUCCGGAAUAUACAGAAUCUUGUGACGAAGUUGAAACGCGGCAAGUCGCCAUACCACUACGUAGAAGUUAUGGCAUGUCCCUCUGGUUGUUUAAACGGCGGUGCGCAAGUUCGUCCUAAUAACGGUGAGAGUGGGCGUGAGUUGAUCGCUUCACUGGAGGCUGCGUACCGCGCGCUGCCCCGCGCCCGCCCCGCGCGCUCGCACCUCGCACGCGCCUUGUACGAGCGCAUGCACGGCGCGGGCUCGGACAAAGCGAGAGAUAUGCUGCAUACCACAUACCAUGCCGUUGAGAAAAAUGAUAUAGCGCUUAAUAUUAAAUGGUGAUAGGGACAGGGCCUCUACCUACAGUCAAGGGCGGAUCCAGCUUCGAUGUCAGGGGGGUCCAAAAUAUGUAAAUAUAUUUUGUCAAGCUCUUAACCAACUCGCUCGGGGUUGUCAUGACCCCCCUGGAUCCGCCGUUGCCUACAUUCGAACAAAGUAAAUUUUAUGGGCAAUCGGCAAUUUAAUAUACAAGUGAAGCUUAGCUUUGAAAUUUAAAAUCUCCACUGACUUAAUAAAAUGUGAAUAUUGUUACCAGUAAAGAAAUAUUUUGCAAUUAAAAAGAAAUAUGACAUUUUUGGUCCUCAAUAAUGUGUAAUUACAAUUUUUGUUUAAGAUAAUUUUAAGUUUAAAAUGCGUUGUAAAUAUUUAUUAAAUGUAAAUAGCACAAC